ACAAAAUACACACUUUCUUCUUCAGUUAACGCGAAAAUCCUUCAAGAUGUCAGUGACAACUCGAAUUUAGUGUUCAUUUCGUCAAUUUAUUAUGUAAUUAUUCGUGCUGCCAUAAAACAAAUCAAACUGCCACGUAUAGACAAUAAAUACGGCAAAUCUAAAAUAAAAGAAAAUCGUUUGUGUUAAUGAGUUUUUUCUCUUCGAAUUCUAGUGCAUAUUAUAGAUUGUUAUUCGCUUUUUCCUUUGAAUGCUCCUUUUUUAAAAGGACUAUUCACUAACACUCAUCUAAAAACAUUGAUUUCAAGUGUCCUUGUGUACGUACCAACCGGUGUUUUUUCGCUUUCUCUUUGUCAGUGUGUGUGUAUUUGGCCAUUUUGUGUUCUAUAUUUUAUCAUCAGUGCCGUUGUGUAAAAUUCAUAAUAAAAGCUCAAUAUUGUGUUCAUUUCUGUGUGUAUUUGUGUCAUGUAAAAGCUUAUAGUCUUUAGUGUAUCCUUUCGUAUAGAAUUAAAAACAUAAAUAAACACUUAAUUUGCAAAACAAUUUUGACAUUAAAAACAUACUCAAAAAAAAAAUGGCAUAAAAACCAAAAGAGCCAUCAAGAUUUAGGCAAAAAAAAUUGAAGCACUAUGGAAGGCGAAGUGAAGCAGGAACUUAGUGGGCCACUUCCCCAAGAAGAAGAUCUUCAAAAGAAAAUUCAAAGCCUUGAAGCUGAGAAUAAGAAAAUGCAUACCGAAUUCAAUACUCAACGGGCCAAGCUUAAGGACCUCUUCAUCCAAAAAGAAGCGGAGUACACCAACGUUGUGGCAGAAAAGAACGCUAUCCAACGGGAACUGGAUGAACUGAAGAGCUUGGUAAUGGUAGCUGAGUGCCGUUCGGAUAAUGAAAGGGAAUUGAGUGACCUAAGAACUAAAGAAGAGAUAUCUUCCUUACAGCUUUUAGUUCAGGAAACAAUUGAAGAAUCUGCAAUUUGCAAGGCCGAUCUAGAGAGUCUUCAGGAAGAUAACAAACGUUUGAGACAGGAAAAUCGAGAACUCAAAGAGGGCAUAAUCCAAUUACAACAGGAACCUACAAGCAUGGCAGUCUUGAGUCAUGUUAAGAAGACUCUAGCACGUAAGUUGGGUGGAGAUUCAGCAAGUCAUGAUACGCUAGAUGAUUCUAUGCGGAAGGUAAACAAAUAUGCUCAAGAAGAUGCUGAAGUCCUUAGGUCUUUAGUUGUCCCACUGGAAGAAGAAAUCAAAGCUUUGAAGGAAAAACUUCGUUCAACUGACGAAGAACUUCAAGGUCUUCGUAAUCAGAAGGUAUCACCUCAAGCCCCGAUGGUUUCAGCAAUUCCUGAAGCAGGAGUUCCAAAACCGAUUGAUGUGAUCGUCGCAGUUAAUAACUCAGUCAGUAAGUCAACUUCUAUGGAAUUCCAAUGUGACUCCUGUCGUAAUUUUGACGAAGAACUUCAAAAAACCAAGGAACAGCUUACCCAAAGUCAAGUGAAGAUCGAAGCAUUGAAAAAGACUAUUGAAGAAUCUGCUGAAGAUAUCAAAAAAGAAGCUGCACUUCGUAAAGAUCUUGAAGAUCAAUGGCAGGAAAAGCGUGAAGCUCAUAAAAAUGAAGUUCAAUACCUUAAAGAUCAUGUGAAGAAAAGUGAAACAGAACUAUUGGAUCUUCAGCAGCAAUUCCUUGAAGCUAAGAAUGAAAUUACAACACAGCUUUUGAGACUUUCCGAUGAUCGUGAGCGAGUUAAUAAACAACUGGAGACACUUCAAGCUGAUAAUGAUUAUUUGUCUGGAAGAUACUUGGCUACUGCUGAAGAAAUCGAAAAUCAGUACAUAAACUUGCCGAAUAAUGUUGAAGAGCUACAUGAACUCUUGUUACGUCAGCAGAGUGACUUUAUUCAAGCUCGUGUUGGGUGUGAAUUUGAAAAACAGAAAUGCGUUAGUUAUGCUGAUGAGGUGCAAAUUUUGCGAGAUCAAUUGGAUGCUAAUAUAAAUGAGAAGAGGGCUUACAAGAAGAAAGUUCAGACCGAGAUGAAGUCAUUGCAAGAUCGAUUAACAGAGUAUUUGCUAACUCAGCAGAAAUAUGAAACCAUGAAGAACACAUUUGAACGAAAAGAAUCAGAAUUAAAUAAACAGAUUUCGGAGUUCCGAGUUCAGGUUAUCGAACUUCAGGAGAUGAAUGAGAAACUUAGCAGAAUUAAUGUUGAAUAUAAAUCGAAGAUCAAAAAUCUUCAAGACGAUUUGGCUACAAGUGAACAUGUGCAAAGGGAUUUCGUUAAGUUGUCACAAAACUUGCAGAUAACAAUCGAAAAAUUCCGACAACCCAAUGCCGAAGUACGCUGGCAAGACGAUGAAGAUAUCGACAAUUGUCCAAAUUGCAAUACAUUUUUCACUGUGACUGUACGCAAACAGCAUUGCCGUCAUUGUGGUGUUAUUUAUUGUGACAAAUGUUUGAAUAAAUCAGUACCAUCCGGUCCAAGGCAGAAACUGGCUAGAGUUUGUGAGCUUUGUCAUACUUUGUUAGCACCAAAUGCUGCUCCUUAUUUCAGUCAGGAACCACCACAAUCACCUUAAAAAGUGUGAAGAAGUAAUAGAACUAUGAGAUUUUGAGAUAAAUGAAGAAUUAAAAAUUUCCCGGACUGUGUCCAUAUUAGUGUUUUUAAGAUUUAAAAAAUUAAUAAUAAUAAUAAUGUUUUUGUUUCAAAUCAUAUUACGAGUAUAUAAUAUUUAAUAAAACGGUUUAAAACCAUAUUCGAUUGAUGC